AUGAGUAUUUCAAGUAUUGAAACAAUAUAUCCUUAUUUUCCUAGUGAAAAAAAAGGCGAAAAAAAUGAAGAAAAAAGUAAAGAAAAAAAUGAAGAAAAAAGUAAAGAAAAAAAUGAAGAAAAAGAUGAAAAUUUUUUAAAGAUUAAAUCAAAUAAUAAUGUUAACAGAAUUUGUAGACAAAUCGUAGUAAAUAAUGAUAAUAAUAUAUUUUUAAAGAAUGAACAUUUAUCUGAAUUUAAAAAUAAUAAAAAAUAUGAUACAAGUUAUAUGGAUGGAAAUAAAUCUAUCGAUCAUCUUAUUGGGCAUUCAACAAAAAUCGAUGUUAAAAAAAAUUCAGAAAUUAAAAUAAAAGAUGUGGAAAUGAAUCAGGUACAUGAUAUAAGCCUGGAGAAAAUUGUUGAAUCAAAUUGUUUCGAAAAAAAUGAAAAAAAAAAUGAAAAAACAGAAACGUGUGUAGAAGAUGUAGAAAUGGUAGAAAAUCAUUGUAACAUCCAAAAUAAUAAUAGUAAUAAUAAUAAUGAACAAGAGCAAAAUAUUGUAACAAAUAAUAACAAUAAAGUAGUUCAUAACGAAGAAAAUGUAAAUGGGCCAUUUGUUGAAAAUAUGGAGGAAAAAAAAAAUGAAAAUAAAUUAAAUUCAGAAAAUUAUAAGUCUACUCCAUUUAUAGAUGAUAAAAAAAAAGUUAUAAUAAAUGAUAUUAAAGAUAAUAACAUUCCUGAUAAUUUUAAUUAUUUAUAUGAUAUUUUAGAAAAAAAAUAUAAAGAAAAUAUAGAUUUGGAUGGUUCAGAAUAUGUGUAUAUUUAUGAUAUAUGUACAAAAAAUGAAAAUUAUGAAAAAUAUAACUCUGAUAAAAUUUGUUAUUAUAUUUCAAAUUCUGAGAAAUCGACAGAAGUUGAUUCAAACAAUCCUGAAUGUUGUCAGAGUUAUAAUAAUAAGAUAUUAAAUUUAAAUAAUAAAAGUAUGUAUUUAAAUUUUUUUAACAAUUUUUCAAAUAAAUUUAUUAAAAUAAAAAAAAUGUUUUCACCCACUGAAAUUGUAGAUUUAACCGAAUCUCAUUUUAAUGACAAUGAAUCGGAAGUGUAUAAUUUAGAAACAGUUUUAAAUAAUAAAAAUAACAAAUAUAAUAAAAGAGUUUUAGAAAUAAAUGAUAAAAUAAAUGAAUAUGACAUACAGACAAUAACUGAUUCAACAAAAUCAGAGGCUUCAAAUAAUUCUGAAUAUGAUCAUGUAAAAAAAUCAAAAUUUAUAGAUAAAAUUAAUUACAUUUUCUAUACAGUUAUUAAAAACAAUAAUUAUGAAAAAAAUGAUAAUGGAAAGGAUGAAAAAAUUAUAUCAAAUAAUAUAUUGAAUACAUCUAAUUAUCAAAAAAAUAAAAAUAUAUAUGAAUUGAAAAAAAUAAAUAUGGAUAAAAUAAAUAGUAAUAUGAAAUUGAAUAUUAAUCGACGAGUAUUUGAAACAGACAUAUAUGAUAUUGAAAUAAAAAAAAGAGGAUAUACAUAUAUAUAUAUAGAUAAUGAUUGUUGGAAACAAUAUUACUGUAUUGUUUUUUAUUUAAAUAAUAAUUCAACUCAUAAAGACAAUUUAAUUUUAAAACAUUAUUGUAAAAUAUAUGAAGGAAAGCAUUUAUAUAGUAAUUACGAUUAUUCAGAAUGGUAUACAAAUUGUUUUAUAGUUUUUUUUAGGGACAAUAACUUUGAUUUUGUAAAAAAAAAUAAUAUAGAUUUAUCUAUAUUUAUAAGGAAAAAUAUGUAUGAAUUUAUUUUUGAAAUAUCAAACAACCAUAAAAUUGAAAUAAUGAAUAAUAUCCAUUUUGAAUUUUCAGAAAAAGUAAAUAAAUGUAUAGUUAUAUUUGAUAUACACUCAAUGCCAUAUUAUUUGAUACCUUUUGAAUAUACUUCACAAAAUUCAUUAUAUGAUCAAAAUUUAGAUUUAACAUUUUUAGAUCAAAGAUGUGAAAGUUCGUUUAAUUUUAUUUAUACUGAAAAUAUUUUAAAUAGUUGGAUUUACUAUAUAAAUAUAUUAACACAAAAAUAUAUAAAAAGAAAUGCUAUAAAUGUAAAUAAAAAUAAACCAAUAAAAAGGAUACAUUAUGUAAACAAAAAAUUUAAUCAAUGGAUUGAAGUUUUUAAGCAAGAAAGGAAUAUAAAAAGAUGUGGACAAAUUUAUUAG